AUGGCAGGUGUUUUUUCAGAAUGGUACAAGCUACCAAUGAGCCUGAGCGAGUUGUGCAUCAAUACAACUCUCCGCUGCGGGCAAUCGUUCAGAUGGCAGAAGAUCCCCGAGACUGAGGAAUGGCGCUGUGUACUCUACGGUCGCCUCUUCUCUCUCAAGCAAGAUUCGAGCUAUCUAUACUACAGAACCUGUCCAUCCGAUUCCCUACCAACUCCUCCUAACUCCGUCCUCCCUUCUCGAGCGCCAUCCGACACAGAGAAUAGCGAUAGCAAAUCGCACUCCGGAAUUGCCCAAGAUGACCAACUCCUUUCAAUCAUCAAGCACUACCUAAACCUCUCUUCCAACCUGAGUGAGCUUUAUACCCAAUGGUCCGCGAAUGAUCCCAACUUCAAAAAGAAGGCAGCUGCAUUCUCCGGCGUGCGCAUCUUACGUCAAGAUCCAUGGGAAGCACUUGUAUCAUUUAUAUGCAGCAGCAACAACAACAUUUCGCGCAUCUCGCAAAUGGUGGAAAAACUGUGUAUACACUAUGGUCCUUUCGUCGCAAAAAUAGGUGACCGGCCCUAUCAUGAUUUCCCUGCGCCCGAGGCGUUGGCUGGCAAGGACGUCGAAAGCAAUCUUCGAGCUCUGGGGUUUGGCUACCGUGCAAAGUACAUCUACAAAACAGCGGUCAUGGUCUCACAGGAACGAGAGAAGGGGUGGCUGAACAGCCUCUGUAACCCCGAGUCUCCAGCCUUCGGUAUAGAGGCAAAGGCCGGGGAUGAGAUGAAACCCGAAGGACGGGAUGGAUAUCGGGAGGCGCAUGAGAAACUACUAGAACUACAAGGUGUCGGGCCCAAGGUAUCCGACUGUGCAUGUCUGAUGGGUCUAGGCUGGGGUGAAUCUGUGCCCGUGGACACACAUGUUUGGCAAAUCGCGCAACGAGAUUAUCGUUUCGGGAAAAGCUCGCAGAAGACCUUGAAUAAGGUGACAUACGAUGCAGUGGCCAAUCAUUUCCGCAAGCUUUGGGGUCAAGAGGCUGGAUGGGCGCAUAGCGUUCUUUUCACUGCGGACUUGCGCUCCUUUGCCGAUCGACUUGCGACGACUAAGAAGGUGGAGGUUAAAGUGAAAGAUGAAGGCGCCGACGUGAAGAUCAAGACCGAAGUUACGACGGCUGUUGCACUGACGGCGCCAAAGUAUGAAGAAGCGAAUGGCGUCAAGAUCGAAGAGCUGGAAGAGAAGAAGCAUGUCGAAAAGGCGCCUAAGGGUAAGAAGAGGAAAGCGCCGGCAGACCCCAUCGUCCAAGCCGCUCAAUCGACCGAGACCAGGCGGAUAUCAAAAAGACUACGUCGGUGA